AUGCACGAGUGGAAAGAUUCCCCCUUUAAACCUAAAGAGGGGGAAGACAACUGGAUUGCCUCUGUCCUCACCAUUGGAGCCCUCAUUGGCGCCAUGUUUGUGGGCAUUUGCAUGGAUUUUCUAGGACGUAAGAAAACUCUAAUCGGCCUUGGCAUUCCCUAUGCUAUUGGCUGGCUGUUAAUGGGUCUCACAAACUCGUUUUGGCCUAUUCUCAUUGGCAGAGCACUGACUGGUAUUGCCAUAGGCAUCACUACCGCAGUGCUGCCCACUUAUAUUGCCGAAAUUUCAACGCCCAACAUUCGAGGCAUGCUGGGAAUGUCCUUCAAUUUUUUUGUCGUUUUUGGCAUGGUUUACGUAGGUACUAUGAAUCAAUGUUUACCAGACAAUGUUUACUUUGUGUACAUGUUCGACGUUACCUGGAACAAACUGUCGCUCUGGUGUCUGCUGCCAGCUGGUCUGCUCUCUAUCACAAUGAUCUUCAUGCCUGAAUCCCCAACGUGGUGCGUGAACAAGAUUCGCGACACUUCAGAGGGAAUUGAACAGGCAAUGUCUUCUCUAAAACGACUCCGUACUGCCGAUUCAGACGUGAAAGCAGAGCUUAAUGAGCUGAUUGAAGGCGCUAACCGACUUGCCACUUCUAAAAACAGCAAACUACGACUUUCACCUAAAACACUAACUCGGCGUGAUGUUUACAAGCCUCUGCUUAUCGGAAUGAUGUUGCUCUUUUUCCAGCAGUUCUGCGGCAUUAACGCCGUCCAGUUUUACCUCAAUGAGAUCUUUAAAAAGUCUAGCACAACUCUAUCUCCGAAAGUGAGCACACUAAUUGCCAACAUUUUUAUGUGUUUGGCUACAGUGCUCGGUGGUGCGGUCAUUGAUCGAGCAGGAAGAAGGCUAAUCUAUGCUGUUUCAGCUUUUGGGCUGAUGUCAAGUAUCGCCGCAUUGGGCGUCUUUCAGUUUAUACAUCGAAAUGACAGCAGUGAAGUGGCAAAUGCAACAAUUUCUGCGCUAACCACCACUGUAGCGCCAUCGACUGACUCUUUCAGUGCUGCCUCAAUUCUUCCCAUUGUUUUGAUCACAAUUUUUGUCUCGUGUAAGGUCUCAUCUUUUUCAAUCGGAUGCGGACCACUUUCAUGGGUCAUCAUCACAGAAAUCACACCACCGCAAACGAUUGGCCUGAUCAGCUCAACGUCUUCAGCGUUUGCAUGGAUUUUUACUUUUCUCGUAGUCAAUUACACCGGAAGCGUGAGAGAACUGAUCUUUGACUAUGGCACCUACUGGUUUUUUGCCAGCAUGAGUCUGUGCAGUGCCAUUUUCAUCUACUUCCUGCCUGAAACGAAGGGCAAGACAAUGGAGCAAAUGGUGAAGCUAUUUAAAUACGACGACUAA